AGGCGGCUCAUCGAGUGAGAGAAAAGCUACACAACUUCCAAUGGAAACCCUAGAAUGUUUCGCUCACAGAAGAAGUCGGUCAAGAAGAAAUGAGGUAUGGUCACAAAAGAGAAUAAAGACUGGGUCAAAGUGCAAGACUUCUUAAUUUCACAGAAUUCAUUACGAACCGACGGAGAGGGGAUAUAAACUUUUAAGUUGGACAUGUCUAGAUGGAGUAGUACCCCACGGGAUGGGAGUAGUACAGGAUCUAGGGAGGGGCCCUCAGCAAAGGUGAGGAUUUCCCCUCCACCCACCAACGGGGACUGGGGAAGAGGGAUACCCCAAGUACGGGAAGUCAGUUUGAUUUUAGGUUUUUGUCUGGUUAGUAUUAGUUCAUGUUGGUUAAGGUGUGAGUUGCUGGGGAGCUUUUCAACAGGGGUCGAGAAAUUAUUUCCAUGACUGAUAUCAAGAUAAUGUCGCUAAAUGUGAACGGGUUGAAUGUACGGAGUAAAACAGAAAAGGUGAUGACUAAAUUGAAAAAGGAAAACGCACAAAUUAUAUACUUACAAGAAACACAUUUAUCCAAAUCGGAGCAUGAAAAACUUAAAAAAUAUGGUUGCUGGAAUAUAUAUUACAGUUCAUAUGCAGAAGGACGUAGAAGGGGAGUAGCUAUAUUAAUUUCGAAAAAUAUACAAUUCGACAGCAAAAAGCAAGUAAAAGACAAAGAAGGAAGAUACAUAAUAUUAAAAGGAAAGAUUGAAAAUGAAUUAAUAACUAUGAUAAAUAUAUAUGCACCCCCGGGGAGUAACAAAGAAUUCUUUAAAAGUCUAUUUAAUUUAAUAGCUGUGGAAACAGAAGGGAUUCUAAUUUGCGGAGGAGAUUUAAAUGUAGUUUUGAAUCAUCACUUGGACACAACGAGCCACAAAAAAAAUAAAAUUCACUUAACAAAAUUUAUAAACGUAUCACUAGAGGAGAUGGGAAUGAUAGAUGUAUGGAGAAAAAUGCACCCAUCAGGGAGAGAUUUUACACAUUACUCGGCUGUCUAUGGGGUACACUCCAGAAUAGAUUAUUUUUUAGUCAAGGAAGAUGAUAAUCACAGGGUGAAGGAGUGCAAGAUAGGAGCGGCAGAUGUGUCGGAUCACAAUCCGGUUUAUGUAAAGAUGUGCCUAGGUAGUAGGAAAAGAAAUACUGUAUGGAGAUUAAAUGUGGGAAUAUUAAACAACGAACAACAAAAAGAAAAGAUUAAAGCAGAGAUAAAACAAUAUAUUGAGGAAAAUAAUAAUGGAACAGUAGACCCAACAAUAGUGUGGGAUGCCAUGAAGGCAGUUAUUAGAGGAAAGUUAAUAGCUAUAACGGCGCAUGAAAAAAGAACCAAAUUACAAAAAUACAGGUCAAACAAUGAGAGACUUAGAGAACUAGAAAAGAAAUAUCAGAUAACAAAAGACCCAAAGAUAUACCAAGAAAUCAAGAUGGCCAGGGCCGAAAUAAAUGAUAUACUAUUGGGAGAAAUAGAAAAAAAGAAUAUAUACCUGAAACAGAACUAUUAUGAGGCAGGGUCAAGGGCAACUAAACUGCUAGCAAAACGUAUUCGAAAACAGCAAACAAUUAAUACAAUAAACAAAAUCAGGAAUCCCAACACAGGAGAAUUAACUAAUAAUCCAGAAGAAAUAGAAGGCAUUUUCCGAGGAUAUUAUGAGAAGUUAUACACACAACCUGCAGGUGCUCAAGAGGGGGAAAUGAAAACCUUUUUAAACACAUUAGAUUUACCAACAAUUGGCAGAAUACAAAAUGAGUCACUGACAGCAACAAUUACAAUAGAAGAGGUAAAGGAGGCGAUAAACUCACUUAAAAACAAUAAAUCACCAGGCAGUGAUGGAUACCCGGCAGAGUGGUAUAAGAUUUUUAAAGAAGAAUUAGUCUCAAUACUUACAGCAUCCUUCAAUUGGACACUUAAUAAUAACAAAAUACCUCCUUCAUGGAGAGAAGCUAUAAUUACGGUCAUACCUAAACAAGGGAAAGACAAUGAACAAUGUAGUAGUUAUAGACCAAUCUCACUAUUGAAUGUGGACUAUAAGAUUUAUACAUCCAUUAUCUCUGCUAGAUUAAAUAAAUGGGUAACAGAAUUGAUAGAGGAGGAUCAAACAGGAUUUAUGAAAGGACGACAAACUCACGAUAAUAUUAGAAGAGUAUUGCAUAUAGUGGAUCAAGCGCAACAGGAAAAACAAAGCACCAUAUUAGUAAGUGUCGAUGCAGAAAAAGCAUUCGAUUUGGUGAAUUGGACGUUUCUAUAUAGGGUGCUAGAACGAUUUGGAUUCAACAAUAAAUCAAUAUUGAGUAUAAAAGCAUUAUACCAUCAACCUAUAGCGAGAAUAAAAAUAAAUGGAAGUCUGACAGAAAAAUUUAACAUACAAAGAUCAACCAGACAAGGAUGCUGCCUAUCACCUACCUUAUUUGCACUCUUUGUGGAACCUUUGGCACAGGCAGUUCGUCAAGAUGAAAGAAUCAAAGGCGUUACAGUAAAUGGUGAAGAACACAAAAUAGGACUUUUUGCAGAUGAUAUAAUAACCUUCCUUGAACAGCCAAAUAGAUCGUUGCCAGUUUUGAUGGACUUGUUUGGAAAGUAUGAAUAUCUUUCAGGAUACAAAAUUAAUGUAAGCAAAACACAGACACUAACACUCAACUAUAACCCAUCAAAAGAAAUACAGGAAGCAUUUCCUAUUAAAUGGAACACGAAAGAAAUAAAAUAUCUAGGAGUCAAUAUUACUAAAGAAAUAUCUACAUUGUUUAAAGCGAAUUAUAGUAAAAUAACCCAAGAAAUACAAAAAGAUAUAGAUAGAUGGAAUACUUUACCAUUGGAUUUGAACUCGAGAGUCGAAAUUAUCAAAAUGAAUGUGCAAGCGAAACUUCUAUAUCUGUUCCAGGCAUUACCGAUAGAGGUGAGUCAAACUCAAUUUGAUAUCUGGGACAAGAUAUUAUCAAGAUUCAUCUGGGGGGGCAAAAAACCAAGAGUUAAAUAUAAAACGUUACAGCUACCGAAAGACGAAGGGGGUUUGGGCCUACCAAGACUGAGAGAGUACUUCUGGGCAGCACAGCUCAGGCAUGUGGUGUGUUGGUGCUCGCCGGACUAUUCAGCAAGGUGGAAAGACAUGGAGAAAGAGUUUGGAGGAUGUCCAAUUCAGAGUGUUAUUGGAGAUGAAGAUAGAUAUGAGAAGAUCAAGAAUUAUAAAGAUCCGAUCACUAAUUUUACAUUGGAAACAUGGUUCAAAACAUUGAAAAAACACAAAAUAAAGAAAGAAAUGAAAGUGCUUAGGUGGAUAGCAUACGACACGGAUUUUAAACCAUUAAAAUAUGAUAAAGGAUUCAAGCAAUGGAUAGGGAAAGGGAUUACGGGAUGGUAUACCCUCCAGGAAAAUAAUGAGCUGUUGAGCUUUCAACAAAUGAAGGACAAGUAUAAUCUAGAUAAACAUGAGUUCUACAGGUAUUUGCAAAUGAGAGACUACUAUAGGACAGACAUCAAAUGGGACACUAAGAUGGAAAGGAAUAGUGUGAUUGGAGUGGUACUUAACUCUAUUAAUGGAACUAAAAUGAAAACCAUCUCUACACUAUAUCAAAAACUAAUGAAUAGGCAUUCUACAAAGUAUAUUAAAGAGAAAUGGGAAUCAGAGUUUAAUAUGACAAUUACGGAUAAAGACUGGAUAGAUAUGUGGAAAACACAACAGACAUCUACUAAUUCGCGGAUAUGGAGGGAGUUUGCAUGGAAGAACCUUAUACGUUUUUUCAUCACGCCUAAAAUUAAGAAUAAAUAUAGUGAUACAAGCGCAGAGUGUUGGAGAAAAUGCGGAAUGAUGAAUGCUGAUCACUCGCACAUAUUUUGGAACUGUCCAAAAAUUGUUGCAUUCUGGAAAAAUGUUUAUGUAUCUGUGAAGAGGAUACUGGGGUAUGAUAUCCCUAUGAGUAGCAUGGUAUUCUAUCUAUGUAAUUUUAAUAACACCAAGAUUAGGGUAAAAGAUAGAUACCUGAUUAAGAUUCUGUUAAUAGCGGGUAAGAAAGCGAUCACGAGGAAGUGGGGGAAAGAGGACCCCCCAUGCCAAGAACAUUGGACUGAAAUUGUGGAAGAAAUUUAUAUUAUGGAAAAACUGACACACAGAUUGAGACUGCAACAAGCACAAAUGGAAAAAAAAUGGACAAAAUGGACUAUAUUCAGGACAUCAGAGAGCGACAAAAGAGGAUAAAGGCCUAUGAAAAUGAGAGACAAUAAGGUGUGGGGAAUGGUUCUGUUGGACCGGGACAACAGGCUGCUGACGGGAUCGGCCGACAGCGAGCUCCGUGCCUGGGACAUCCGCCGCCUGGAGGAGGGAAAGGCUGAGGGUGAGCCCAGAGUGAAGAAGGGGAAAACUCUGCUGGAAGAUGAUGAGGAUGAUGAUGGCAAAGAAGAAGAGGAGGAGGCGGAGAGCGUGGAAGAGCGCAUCCUGAGCUGUAAGAAGGCCGGCUCCAUCCUGAGAGAAGCCAGAGAUCGGGUCGUUUCGCUGACAGCAGACUCCAAGGCCAGAGUCAUCGCCUGCCAUGGAAACGAUGCGGUACUGGAAGUGUUCACGGUGCUGUCUGAGGAGGAAGUGCAGAGAAAAAUGAACAAGAAGCUGAAGAAAGCCAAGAAGAAAGCAGCCAAAACGCAGGAAGAUGCAGGUGAUCAGACAGCAGAGCCAGUGGUGGAGAGAACGCUGAAGGACGAGAUUAUUAGACUGACGAACAUCAAGGCUUCUGCAAAGAUCAGGUGGGUGGACGUCCUGUCGUGUGCAGGCGGAGAGCUGAAGGUGGCGCUGCUGCUUCAGAACAACACUGUCGAGACCUAUAGCCUGAAGACCUCCGACAAGAACCCGGCGGCCAAUAAGACGGCCCGGCUCACGCUGGGCGGUCACCGCACCGACGUCCGCACGCUGGCCUUCAGCUCCGACAACCUGGCCGUCCUGUCGGCCUCCGGAGACACGGUCAAAGUCUGGAACAGGUCAACUCUGCAGGUGAUUCGCACCAUGGCGUGUGAAUACGCGCUCUGCUCGCUCUUUGUGCCCGGAGACAGACAGAUAAUCCUGGGAACGAAGAAUGGGAAGCUGCAGAUCUUUGAGCUGGCCUCAGGAAGCCUUCUGGAGACUGUGGACGCCCACAGUGGAGCUGUGUGGUCACUGUGCCUGGCACCGGAUCAGAGAGGAAUUAUCUCUGGAAGUGCUGAUAAGACGGUAAAGUUCUGGGAGUUUGAGCUCGUCAAAGACAAAGGAACGGACCAGAAGCGGCUGACGGUGACACACACUCGCACGCUGCAGCUGGAGGAAGACGUUCUGUGUGUGAAGUUUUCUCCUGAUCACAGACUGCUGGCCGUCUCUUUGUUGGACUGCACCGUCAAGGUCUUCUACACAGACACCCUGAAGUUCUUCUUGUCUCUGUAUGGACACAAGCUGCCUGUCCUUUGUUUGGACAUCACACAUGACAGCGCUCUGAUCGCCACCGGCUCUGCAGACAGGAACGUAAAGAUCUGGGGUUUGGAUUUCGGCGACUGUCACAGAUCUUUGUUCGCUCAUGACGACAGUGUCAUGUUUCUCCAGUUCGUCCCCAAGACUCAUUUGUUCUUCACUGCCGGGAAGGACAAGAAGAUCAAGCAGUGGGACGCUGACAAGUUUGAGCACAUCCAGACCCUGGAGGGUCACCAUCGGGAGGUCUGGAGUCUGGCCAUCAGCCCCAACGGAGAUCACCUGGUGUCUUCGUCUCACGACAAGUCCCUGCGUCUGUGGGAGCGGACCAGGGAGCCCAUCAUCCUGGAGGAGGAGCGGGAGACGGAGAGAGAAGCUGAAUUUGAAGAGAGCUUGGCCAAAGGAAACGCACCUGUGGUACCAGGAGAGACGGAGGGCGAGGCGGCACCAGCUGGGAAGAAGAGCAUCGAGACGGUGAAAGCUGCGGAGCGAAUCAUGGAGGCUCUGGAGCUUUACCGAGAAGAAACCAGGAAGUCGGAGGAGCACAAGUAUUUCUGCGAGAAGGCUGGGAAAGAGUUGCCUCCUCCUGAAGCCAACCCUAUCCUCGUUGCCUUUGGAAACGUUACUCCGUCCCGCUACGUUUUAGAUGUCAUAAGAAAAGUCAGAUCCAGUGAGCUGGAGAUUUCUCUGCUGGUGCUGCCGUUUCCUUACGUCCCUGAGCUGCUGAAGCUUUUCAACACCUACAUCCAGCAGGGCCUGGAGGUGGAGCUCGUCUGCCGCUGCCUGUUCUUCCUUCUCAAGAUCCAUUUUGGUCAGAUCACCAGUAACCAGAUGUUGGUGUCCGUCAUCGACGAGCUGAAGACCAAUACGCUCUCCAAAGUCUGCCAAAUCAGAGAUGUGCUGGGCUUUAACAGCGCCGCCCUCCAGUUCCUCCAACGGGAGAUCGAGAGCAAAGAGGACGUGAUGUUCUUCGCCGAUGCCACAGGCCAACUGGAGGAGAAGAAGAAGAAAAGGAGGAAGAGGGAGCGCGCUGUUCUGACCAUCGCUUAAAUUUAUAAAGAACAUUUUUGGUGUUUCGAUACAAAUUUCCUCCCCGCUUUAAUUCCGACCCGGACCAGGUGGAUUACUUUUAUAUGUCGUGAAACCCCGACAGGAUGUAACUCAGUGGUAAGCAGUGACAUGCUUUAUUCCCCAAAUAAACAGAGUCUGAAGUUUUC